AUGCAGGCGUUAGAGGCCUGCGGGAGGGCGUCGGUGCUUGUCCGCUUUGCGCUGGGAGCCUCUGGCGCCAGAAUGGACCGGAGGAAAAAGCCUUUGGACGUUACUGCCUCUUCGUUGGUAGACCUUAAGGCUGAACUCUUCCGAAAACAAGAAGAAUUCAAACAAGAAAAACUUCUAAAAGAUUCUGGAGUUUUGGGAAAACCAAAAACAACUAAUAAGAAACCAAGUAUCUGGAGCAAACAGAAUGUAGGAGUUACAAAUAGAGCUGAGAAGGAUGCAGAACAGAAGAUUGAGGAACAGAAGACUUUAGACAAAGCAAGGGAGAAAUUAGAAGAAAAAGCCAAAUUAUAUGAAAAAAUGACUAAAGGAGACUUUAUAGAUGAAGAAGCGGAGGAUAUGUACCUUGUGGAUUUCACACAGAAGAUCAUAGACAAACACAAAGAGAUGGAGGUGUUUGGUGCCAACAGAGAUUGUAGGAAGGCAGGAGAAAGAGACGAUGAUGAAGAAGAUCUUUCUGAAAAAGAUAUACCUCCUCCCCAGGACCCCGGUGAAGAAUGGGUGGAUUAUGUGGAUUCUUUAGGGCGAUCUCGCCGCUGUAUGAAAAAGGAUUUGCCAGAUCUGCUGGAGAUGGAUAAAAAUCUUCAGGGGAGGCUUUUCGUUAGUCCUGCUAAUGAGAAAACCUUAUUAUCUGAAGAUAUGAGAAAAGAACUUCAGCGCCAGCAAUGGGAGGAAGAAGAAAGAGAGGCCUUGAAAAGGCCGAUGGGGCCCAUACAUUAUGAAGACAUUCGUGAAAAUGAGGCCCGGCAACUUGGUGUUGGAUAUUUUGCCUUUGCCCGAGAUAAAGAGUUGAGAAACAAGCAGAUGAAAACGUUAGAGAUGCUACGUGAACAGACAACAGAUCAGAGAACAAAACGAGAGAACAUAAAGGAAAAGCGAAAGGCUAUGUUAGAAGCAAGGCUUGCUAAACUCCGACAAAAAAAGAUGAAAAAGUCAAAAGAAGAUGGAGCAGAGGAAGAAAACAAAGAUGUUAUUGGGCCUUUGCCACCAGAACCAGAGGCUGUGCCAACCCCACGUACUGCUGCCCAGAGCAGCAAAGUGGAAGUCAUCGUUCAGGAGAGGAAGGAUACCCGCCCGGGAGUGCCGCAUGUCCGAGAGUGGGACAGAGGAAAAGAGUUUUCCUUUGGGUUCUGGUCGAAGAGGCAGUCAGAUCUCCGGGCUGAGAGAGAUCCUGAGUUUGCCCCACCAUCGGAUUACUUUGUGGGUCAAAAGAGAACUGCUUCCCUCAGUAGCGAGACGUGGAGCAGACCUGCAGCUGCACCGAGCGACCCAGGACAGUGCUCUGGCCAGAGUCGUGACACUGGCUCUUCACAUCCACCAUCCACUCCUGCCCCCAGCAGCCCACCACGAGCCCCGACAGUCACUUUUGAAACUCUGGAUGAUAUGAUAUCAUAUUACAAACAAGUGACAUGAACUUCCAAACCGGUCUGAU